AUGUCUACCCUCACCGCUCUUCGCUCCUCUUCCUCGCUCAACACGACCAACCCCCCUCAUCUCCGGCCCUACAGCGCCUCUCUCGCCGAACGAGCCCGCACCUGCCCUCUAUCCACCAUCUCGACCCUCUCAGCCGUCUCAAUCGCCUCAACAGCUUCGACCUCCUCCGCCUUGACCAACACCGGCUCGCGCCGGCGCCGCUCAGCCGCCCUGCUCGACUUGGACCUCGACCUCGACGACUCGACUCGUUCGUCGCUCGUCAGAGCCGAGGCGGUGCUCAGAGCGAGCGAGCACGAGCGCGAGGUCGAGCGGAGGAAGGCGAGGUUGAGCUGGAGGGAUCGGCAAGUCCGCAGCGCGCAUCUGGUCAUUGAGCACCUUGCGGCGGCGGGGGUGGAGGACGAGACGGAGGAGUUGGAUGUGCAAGAGCAGCGGCGAGAAGAGGUCGAGCAGGACAGGUCGAACAACCCCCUCAGGCGAUUUAGCCCGAAGCGCUUUAUGCUUCGCAAGACGCAGUCCAUUCCGCUCGACAUGGCCAGUCCUCCUGCGCCAUCUCAGACCUCUCCACGCGCCGACUCCUCCGCCAAGUCACCCUCUCUACCUCGACCAACCGUGGCUCGUCGCGCUCUCUCCUCAUCCAACCACCUCUCUUCCGCAACCGAGACCCUCCACAGCCCGUCCCUCCGUCCCGCCUCGCCACCACAGCAUCACCACUACGGCACCCUCCCUCUGCGCUUCUCCCGCCUCGAACCGCCGCUCGACCCGCCGUCCAAAUUCUCUGGUUCCUCGGGCGACUCAAUCAUCCAUGUCGUCGCGUUCGAUGGACCUGCCGCAGACAAGAAGCGCAAAGGGCUCAAGGACCGAGCGCGGACGUUCAGCCGCGCUUCGACUGACGGCCUCAAGACGCUGACGAGCCGGAUACCGAAGCGCACGAGCACACGCAGACCGGGCGUCAAGAAGAAGCCCAGCCUUGCGAAUCUUUUUGCCGGCUUGAGCGGGACGAACGACAGCGGCGCUUCGUCCAGCGAGACCAAAGCUCGCAGCAUCUCGUUCGCUUCGUCGUCGUCGCGGCCUGUCGUCACGAGCAGCGACACGAGCGGUCACCGUCCCUCCACGAGCAUCAGCUCGUACGCUCCUUCGUCGACCACAAGCGAUUCUGGCCCACCGUCGCGCAAGCCGUCUCGACUUGGUUUCUUCCGCUCGAUCUCGAAGCGGAACUCGGACGGCAUCAAGCGCACGUCUCGCAGUACGACUUCGUCAGGCCCGCUAUCGCCGUCGCUCAUCUCCCGACCGGUCUCGGUUGCGAGCGAAGGCGCUUUCGCUGCCGCGCAGGACAGGCGAGCUUCCAACGCCACUUCCUCGUCGAACGGCUCGUCGGCUGAUAUGCCGCAGGCGAAGCUUGGAUGGGCUGGACGACUGACGCGAGCGGUGAAGGGGAAGAACGUUGCGGCGAAGAAGGCGCUUUUCGAGAAGCCGGUUACGGUCCAGCAGGCCGAGAAGAUCGCAGCUCCUCAAUCGCCCGACUUGACCGCUCGCCCACCUGCUCGACUCCCGCUUACGACCGUCUUCCCAACUCGCGCCGAAGACCUCGCUCCUCCUGCUCGUCCGCCGCGCCCGUCGAAAAACCUCGAAUCGUCAGACGACACGACAUUCUACGGCCACAAGAUCGCGCCCGUCGAAACUCGCGCAGCAGCCAUCGAUGCGUUCGUCAUCGAGUCCAGCGCUCCCCGCGUACGGGCCAAAGCGAGUGCGCCAACCACCAAGCGGAUCCCUGCCGCUUCUCCCGUCGACGAGCUGCCUCCGACCAUCUACCAGCCCCUGCCGAACGAGCGCCUCUCGAUCGGCCAGCCGUUCGACUCUUCGCUGCUUCCGCCAGUCCCGAUCUACCCGGCGCACUCGUUCCCGCCGAGCCGCCGCUAUUCACCCGACUUCGGUGACGCAUCCGACUCGAGCCUUUCGCCCGCCGAACACAGCGGCUCGUCGGGAUGGUCGUCAAGCCCGUCGCGGCGCUGCCCGAGUCCAGCUCGCUCGUUCCGUACGCCAAGUCCCGCUCGCUGGCGAGCGUUGCUCCCUUCGGCAUCAGCCGGUAGCAGUCCUGAGAAGAACGAGCGAGGCCUGCCGCAGCCGCUCGUCCUGACUCCGAGGAUCGCGAAGACGCUUGGCAGCCCAAGGAAACUCGCGAUGGGGCCGGAGAACGUUAUAUGCAUGGGCAUUGACGACCUCACCGGCAAUCCCAUCUCGGAGGUUCGCGGCGCGACAACCGAUCUCGCCGAGCUACUGUCUGGUCUCGAGGACACCUAUGAGCUCGAUACGUCGAAGGUCGGCACCCAGUCUGUCGCAAGUCGCAGGCACGUCCAGCGCGACGUCUCGGACCUGUCCGCUUCCCUUCGAGGGAAGCUUCCGCACCUCGAGUCGAUCGAGUCGCUCCGUUCAAGCGUGAGCGAUGUGCCACUCGACCUCAAGGAGCUCAUCAACACGGUCGACGACCACAUCUCCGAGGUCGACAUCCCGUUUUUCUCGAUCGAGCAGCCUCCGCUGUCCUACAACAGCUUCGGCGACGACGACGACUCGAGCUCCUCCGGCGAGAGCAGCGGCGAAGACGACCUAGCCGUACUCCAAGCCCGCGCAGGACUCUCGGCUUCCGGUCAUCUCGUCGUCGACAACACGACGAGUCGCUUCAGCAUCGUUGGUGGUGCCACACAGGCUCUUGAGGCGACCGCGACAAGCUUCGAGGGCCUGCAGUCGACGGCGGUGGACGCCAUCCGCCACAUGCUCUCGGCACCGGGCACGACGACCCUGUCUUCGCCGGGGUCUGCGACACUCCAGGCGUUCCCCCUGCCAGCGUCGGCGACUCUGCAGGCGUUCCGCCUCGACAAUAUCGACGAGGAAGAGCCGAGGUCGACGCUGCGGGACAGCGUGCGAGACGCCCUCGAGCUCGAGCGGCCGACUGCCGGCGACAAGAUGUUUGAGCGCAUCGACGAGGACGUCUCGCUCAAUGCCCUGAUCAACAGUCCCUCGCCGCCUGUCUCGCCCGAGCAGGUCCUCGCCCGGCGCGAGGCGCUGUACCACCACCACGCGCGGAUGGGCAGCACGCUGUCGACCGCCGAAGGGUCGCUCGAGAGCUGCUUCUCGCUCGUGGGCUCGCCCUCGCCAAACCCGCCUUCCGGCCGACCGAUGCGCCAAAGUCUGCAGCGGUACUCGCAGGACAAGUUCCCGACCAAGCGACCGAGUCACCGCGCCCGUCCUGUCUCUGAGCUGUCCGCCGCAUCGACCGACCCGGCGUCGAACGAGACGACCAACCUGUCCGUCGCUCCAAGCAGUCGUUCGACCAAUCUCAGCGUCUCGUCCUUGACAAGCUCGCCGUGUCCCGUACCGCGAAGCGGACGCAUCCGCAUGCUGACUCGCGCCGAGGGUCCGUUGCCGGCGCAGCCAGCCUUCCGCUUCCCUCCUGCGAAGGAUCGGGUCGAGCAGGCGCAUCCGGCUCAAGGCCGGGGUUCGCACUCGCCGCGCUACGUUCGCCCACUGGUCGCCGUCGAGCCUGGCGAACCGCUUCCGAAGCCGAUCAGGCUGGCAGAUUAUGUCGACGGUCCCAUUCCACCCGAUACGCCUCCUCCGUCCUCUCCGUCAAUCUCGGACGACGAGCGCCGUGUGCUCGAGCUCGAACAUUACGGAGUGCCUGCUCUUGCGACCAUCCCCAGCCAGUCUCUCGGCUCGAUCGGCCACCUCCGCCACACCUCGGAUAUCCUGCAGCGCGUGAUCGCCGAAGAGUCUGAGGACAACCUCUCGGCAAGCCCGUCGUCAACACACCUCCGCCCGCUCGAGCCCGCCUACCUGCCAAACUCGCCUCAGCCGAUGCCGUUCGGUCCGCUCGACGAUUCCUCCAUCGCGUUCGAAGUCAUCGUUGCGCCUCCCGAGCACUUGUCGGGCCGUAUCGUCGAGCUCGAGCCGGACGAGAGCCUGCUCAUGUCCGUCCGAGACGAGGACUUCGACUUGACCGCCGAGACAAAUCCUGAGAUCACCCGUCAACACGCCUCAUUCGCGUACGAGGCCGAGACGGAGGUCCACCGCAGUCGGAUCGUCUGGCCCGACACCGACUACUCGCGCGAGGUCAUUGCCCACUUCAUCCUUCCUCGCACCUACCACGCCAUUCUCGAGUUUCUCUUCUUCUCCCAGUCACGCUGGCCGUCGCCGCCUCACCUCCUCCGCAUGACCUCGUUCGUCCCGCCUGCCUACGAUGACCCGCCAACUCCGCCUUCGCCCAUCGUCAUCCCGCCACCCAUCGUCGAUUCUCCGCCCGCUUCUCAAGAGGUCGUCUUGGUGUCGAAGGCACGACCAGUACGGCGCAAGGUGCUUUCGGAGAAGCCCGUCAACCAGCAGGUCGCCCUCCUCUCGCGCUCGACUUCGUCGCCCAGCAAGAAGCCCAAGGACGAGCAGUCGCCUUUCACUGCUCUUCCGCCUCGCCUGUCAGCCAAGCUUCGCGGCGCUCGUACCAAGCUGAGUUCGAAGAGUCCCAAGCGCGUCGACACCGGUUUCCUCGGCGACAACGCGACGAGGCGCAGGCAGGGUCAGUUCAAUGCGGCAAUGCGGCGCCUCGAGGGCAUCGGCGCGCCGGCAGAGCAGCGGAGCGACAGCGAGACGGACGACACAGGCGUACUCGAAGCGCAGGGCGAGGCCACCGACGAGUUGACUUUUACCAAGUAG